AUGGGAAGAAUUCAGAAGAAGAAUGCCAAAGGACGUUUGGAUAGGUACUACUAUCUUGCAAAAGAAAAAGGAUACAGAGCUCGUUCUUCUUUCAAGCUUCUUCAGAUAAAUGAAAAGUAUGGCCAUUUCCUCGAAAAGUCAAAGGUGGUUGUCGAUCUUUGUGCUGCACCAGGUUCAUGGUGUCAGGUGGCUUCCGAACUUUGCCCUGUCAACUCUCUGAUUGUUGGUGUUGAUAUUGUCCAGAUGAAACCCUUACCAAAGUGCAUCACUUUUCAGAGUGAUAUCACGACAGAUGAUUGCAGAUCCAAGCUAAGAGGUUAUCUUAAAACUUGGAAAGUCGAUACAGUUUUGCACGAUGGUGCGCCAAAUGUUGGUUUGAAUUGGAUACAAGAUGCAUAUGGACAGUCGAGAUUAACUUUGGAGGCUCUUCGUUUAGCAGUCGAGCAUCUUACACCAGGAGGAACAUUUGUAACAAAAGUUUUCAGAUCUAGGGAUUACAACAAUUUGAUUUGGGUGUUCAAGCAAUUAUUCGAUCAUGUCGAAGCCACAAAACCACCUGCUUCACGUAAUGUUUCCGCAGAGAUCUUUGUUGUGUGUAAACGUUUCAAGGCACCAAAAAAGCUGGACCCAAAGUUUUUGGAUCCGAAAGCUGUCUUUGAGGAAUUACCGGAGGGACCACAAAACAAUGAGGCUAAAGUUUAUAAUCCAGAGGUAAAGAAAAGAAGGAGAGAGGGUUAUGAUGAAAACGAUUGGACCCAUUUCCAUCCUAUAAAGCUUAUGGAUUGGGUGCAUCAAGAAGAAGACGUGGUGAACACACUUGGUUCGAUUAGUGCAUUCGAAAUAGAAAAAAGUAAUCCAGAAUGGAAGAUAGUCAAAAAGAUGAAACAAACCACUGCAGAAUUUGUGGAAUGCUGUAAGGAUUUGCGGGUGUUGGGUAAGAAAGAUUUCAAGCUUCUUAUAAGGUGGAGAAAGCAUGCUAGAGAAGCACUUGGUCUUAUGGAAAAGAAAGAUAAAAUUCUUGAUAAAUCUAAGAUUGAACUUGAAGACUUGACUGAAGAUCAAAGAAUCGACAAAGAGCUUCGAGAAUUGAGCGAGAAGGAGAAGAGAGAUCAGAAGAGAAAAAGGAGGGCAAACAAUGAAGUGAGACAAAAGGAAGUGAGAAGAAUGCAGAUGGAUAUGCUCAGUGAUAUGCAAAUUGGUAUUGAUGCUGCCGAAAAUGGAUCUGAAUCCAUGUUCAGUUUAAAGAUGGCCCGAAAGACCGGCAUACUAAAGGAUAUUGCCAGGGGAAAGAAAGCCAUAAUAAUUAAAGAUAAAGAUGAUGAUAUGAGUGCCAGCAGAAAUUCCAAAAUAAUCAUUGAUCCGGAGGAAGAGGAAGGAAAUUUGGAAAAACAGCUUGAUGAUAUGUAUACCUCAUAUAAAGAGCGGAAGAUGGAGAAUGACGACAAACUUCGCGCUAAACUGACGAGAGGAGAUGAGCAUGAAGAAAAAUGGGAAGGAUUUACUGAGAAAGCAUCAGAGUCAUCUGAUGAUGAAAUAAUCACUGAUGGAGAGGCAAGUGAAUCGGAUAGCGAUGAUGAUGAGGCAAUCAACAAGUUGGUUGCGUCGAUCAGGGAACGGAAAGAUUCAAAGGGAUUGAGUUCAACUGCUAAGAACUUUUACAAAGAUCCUAUUUUCCAGGAUUUGGAUUUGAACAUUGCCCCAGCCAGUGGUUCGAGCAAGCAUAAACAAACCAAAGAAUUUAAGGUUUCGGUUGGUACGGACAAUGACAAACAGGGUAAAAAGAUACCUAAUACAUUCAAGGAAAGCCUUAAUGAUAUUGACAGCACUUCAGAUUCCGAUGUUGACUCUGAUGAGGAUAAAAAGGGUAACAACAACGACUUUGAGCUUGUUCCAAACGACUACCACUCGAAAUUUGAUGAUAGUGAGGAGGAAUACGAAACGGAUUCAGAUGAAGAGAGAAAAGCAUUGAAGCACAAAGAGGAAAUUGAUAUAUCAACUGUUUCGGCAAUGACCAUGGCUCAGGAUCUUGCGUUGGGAAAGAAGUCAAAGCAUGACAUUAUCAGCGAAAGUUACAAUAAAUAUUCAUUCCGUGAUCGCGAAGGUCUACCUGCUUGGUUUAUAGAGGACGAGGAAAAGCACAGCAAGAUUAAUCGUCCAGUUACCAAAGAGGCAGCAUUGGCAUUAAAGGAAAAAAUGAGAUUAUUGAAUGCAAGACCAAUAAAGAAGGUUAUGGAAGCUCGUGCCAGAAAGAAGAUGAGAGCCGCAAAAAGAAUGGAACAGAUCAAGAGGAAGUCAGAGUUGAUUUUGGAGGAUAGUGCAAGGUCUGAAUCAGAUAAGGCUAGAGAAAUACAAGGCAUGAUGAGAAAGAUGACGAAGAAACAGGAGAGACCUAAACCAACCUUGGUUGUUGCUAGGGGUGCUAAUAGAGGACUGAAGGGCAGACCACACGGAAUUAGAGGAAAGUACAAGAUGGUUGAUGGUGUGAUGAAGAAUGAGAUGAGAGCUUUGAAGAGAAUAGCGAAGAAGAAUAAAAGGCAUGGAAAGCAUUGA